AAUAUGACAAGGUGGUGAUCGAAGAGAUAUCAAAAUGUGGUGGUGCUAGCUGAAAGAGGGUGGGGGUGAAAUCUUGCUAAAUUGCUGUAUGCUGCCAAUGCUGGUCUUUUAACUUCAAGCCUCCAACUGACAUUUUAAUCUCAUCAACAAAUCCAUCUCUCCACACUGACUAAAGAUCUCAAAUUUGCAUUGGAUUUAUUUGGGCCUAUUAUUUGUUAUUUCACAGGCUGAAACAACUUUGCUUCUUCAUUGUUAUUAUAACACUUCAAGCUUUAAAUAUAGCUGCUAGAUCCUGUUUCACUUCCAUUUUUUUACGAAGAAAUGACCCAUUGCAUGUUCAGCCCUUCCUGUGUGUUGCACACUUUCAGUUCCUGCAAUUUAUGUGAUUCUCUGGUGUUCUUUGACCAGCGCGCAAGCUGAUCUUUCCUCAUUGCAAAAACUGUGCCAUACUUGGAUUGCAUCAGAAGUCCAAAAGUCAGGGACACGCAUCUUAACCUCAGAGUUGUGUCGCCAUGUGGAAAAAUAUCACCAUUAUACUUUUCAUAUCAGGUUAUCCCUACAUUUCUGAAAGUGUAACCUACAAGUUUCAGAAAACUGCCAAAUCAUUUGAAGAAUCUAAAGGUUAUUGUACCACAGAGUUUGAUGGUCUAGCUCACAUCUACAAUGCAGAGCAGCAACGGGCUUUAUCACGGGUUGUAGAUGGUUCUGCUUGGAUCGGAGUAUCAAAAUGUGGUGAAAAUUGGUGCAAUACUGGCUCAAAUAGGAUGAUGUCCUACACAAACUGGGCUGCAGGAGAGCCAAACAACCACCGCUCCCGCAUAAAUGGAGAGGAGGAUUGUGUCGAGAUGCUCAGUAGUCAUAAAUGGAAUUAUGAAAAUUGUUCUUAUAAAAAGUAUUUUGUCUGCCAGAAAUUGCGGUGUUCUGCAACAACCUGCAACAGAAGAGGCGCAUGUUCUGAACUGGUUAAUUACUUUAAAUGCAACUGUGAAAGAGGUUAUUAUGGAAACAAAUGUGAAAAUGUUAAAAUAUGUCCACAUUUCGUAAAACCAAGCAAUAGCGAAGUUAAAUGCGAAGGCUUGCACGGAGAGAACUAUUUCCAGUCUGUGUGCACGCUCACUUGUGAUCAAGGAUUUAUUUUGAAAGGGAACAAUUCAAUCACAUGCCAAGCGUUUGGUCGAUGGACAACUUACAACACAGUCUGUCAAGCUCUAGGUGCUGUUAAUCAUCACAAACUGAUCCGCUUCAUUAUUACCGUGGGGGCAGGAGCAGUAAUUCUGUCAAUAAUAUCAGUGAUCAUUUGGUGGCGUUGGCGAAGCCGUCGAGAACAAGCCAACAGCACCAAUGACCCUUCUAGCCCAGCACCUCAGGCGAUGUCGAUAUGCCCGAGCUCAAAGCUGUAUUGUGAGAUGUAAUGGGGUACCAUAUAUGACAACGUUCCCAACUCACACCAGAACUUGAAUGCAAAAUGAAUGAAGUAACAGUGGAUGUUGUCAUUCAAUCAGUUUUUCUAGUCAAAAUUUGUAGCUUUUAAUCGAAAAUGUAUCUUCGACAUGCUGUAAAUGUUAAACUGCUGUUAGUAUUGCCCUCACUAUUAUUUUGACUGAGUCAGUAACCCAGUUAAAAUAUGUAAUGAUCAAGUAACUUUGUUAAGGUAAAAGCUGGGGGACUGUAUUGGGAAUAAGGCAAGCAUUUGUUAACUUUGCUCAUCUCCAGGCUGUGCUUUGUAAUUAAACUGGAAGAAAAUAUUGGACGAAAAACCACGCAAAAUGUAUUGUGGAGAGCCAACAGUUGGGAUUUGAUCUAAAGUAGGAUAUGUAUUUGAAGUGUGUAUGUAACAGUUUUAUGAUUACAUCACAGCAUGGCUAUUGUUUUCAUAUACUUAGAAAUGUAUGCAGGCAUCAGCCAGGUCUUGAUGCACCAGGGUGGCACGGUGGCGCUGUGCUAGGGUUGCUGCAUUAUAGCGUUUACAACGCCAGAGACAUGGGUUUGAUCCCGACCACGGGUGCUGUCUGUACGGAGUUUGUGCGUUCAUCCCAUGACGACGUGGGUUUUCUCCGAGAUCUUCGGUUUCCUCCCACACUCCAAAGACAUACAGGUUUGUAGGUUAAUUGGCUUGGUAUAAAUGUAAACUGUCCCUAGUUUGUGUAGGAUAGUGCUAAUAUGCGGGGAUCACUGGUCAGUGUGGACUUGGUGGGCCGAAGGGCCUGUUUCCACGCUGUAACUCUAAACUAAACUAAAUAGGACGAGGUUCAGUAUUUCCAGCCACGUUGUAGUUUUCACUUCACCGGCAUUUGAUAGUGAUUUCUCCUGACUGCUCACUACCUAAUACAGUGAAUUGUUAGGUCCACAUAUGAAGAAAGCCCCAGCUUCAGUCUCUAUUCUCUUUGAGAUUACUGUCCUUGCUGGAGAGAGUGGGUCCACUGCUCUGAGCAUCUUAGUUUCAGAACUGGUUCAUACAUCGAAGAGAUUCACAGUCCACAGUAGUUUGUGCUGGAGUCCCGCGCACAGGCUGACUGUACGAGACUCAUACAGGAAUCAGUGGGCACCUCAGAGUCAUUGCUCCCAGUGGGUGUAUGAAAGAAAGGCGUGCACUAACGGAGUGGCUUGUUGGUAGUGGCUGUGUGGAGGUGAAGUAUUUUGCAGAGGGUAAGAAUUGAGGCUUUAACUCAAGAAUCUUCAGCAAAUAAAUUGACAGUGGUCUUUGUUCUUUCUUUCUUGUAAAUAUUCCCUUGUCUAGUGCAGCAGAGAUGGCAGCUGGGGCAGUGAUAUAAGGUCAUAAAUUAUAGGAUUAGAAUUAGGCCAUUUGGCCCAUCAAGUUUCUGCCAUUCAAUCUUGGCUGAUCUAUCUUUCCCUUUCAACCCCAUUCUCCUGCCUUCUCCCCAAAACCCCUGACACCCGUACUGAUCAAGAAUCUAUCUCUUCCUUAAAAUUAUUCAUUGAUGGCCUUCCGUGGCAAUGAAUUCCAUAGAUUCGCCACCCUCUGACUAAAGAAAUUCUUCCUCGUCUUCUUUCUCAAGGUACGUCCUUUUAUUCUGAGACUAUGGCCUCUGUUCCUAGACUCUCCCAUCAGUGGAAACAUCCUCUCCACGUCCACUCUAUUCAGGCCUUUCACAACUUGGUAAGUUUCAAUGAGGCCCUCCCCUCAUCCUUUGAAACUCCAGUGGUAUGUUCCCCCUGCAGCGAUGUGGGAAGUCAGGGAGACUUCCAGCAUCACUCAGCACUACACCUGUGGUAGGUGAGUUCAGUUGCAGCUCCUUACAGACCGUGUUAGGGAACAUGAGCAGCAGUUGGAUGACCUCCGAUCAUCUGGGAACACGAGCUGGUUAUAGACAGGAGAUCCAGUGAGAUGCUCAUGUCUCGGGUGUAGGCAGAAAGUUGAUGGUUGGCCACCAGGAAAGGGAAUAGACAGAGUGCAGGAAUCCCCUGUGGCCGUUUCCCUCAACAACAGGUAUGCUGCUCCUUUGGAUACUGUUGGGGAUAGGUGAACCACAAAGUUUGACUCAUUUGUUAUUUUAUCUGAUCUACCUGCUUGAAAUUAGCUGCUGCUUUAAUCCGUGGGUCAGUCGUCAUACAGGACAUCUACUCGCAUAACUCCCAGGAUCAAGUUGCAGUCCUGAAGAAAGGAGGUGCAAUAAUAAACUGUAAUUAUACAUUUAUUACACUGGCAACAUUAAUUCUUCUUUUGUGUGGCGUGCACAGCCUAAAGUUGUUGGACAACUUGUUCUAUUUGAUCUUCCGUUUGUGCACGACGAGUUGAUUGCAUUAGUCGAAACAGGGCGGACCACGUGAAGGUUGCAAUCUUCCACCCCGCAACAUUAAUUCUUCUGCAAUGAUUCAUAAUGUGUAUGUAAGGAUUUUGAAUUUUUCAAACCUUAUCUGAACUUCCAAGUCUGCAUCUGAUGAUCAUUGCCCAUCAUUCUCCAGUGAUUAACUAUAAUCUGUUCAAACUGUAGUUUAUGACCUUAUGAUUUUAAUUUAACUUUUGUGAAUCUAUAAAGAUAGUUCUUUCU